AUGAACUGUGCUGCUAUUUUGAUACUAACUGCAAGUUGUUUCAGUUGGACGUCUGCUAUUUAUCUCCCAAACAGACAAGGUAUGUUUUAUAAUUUUCUGAGUACACAAGUUAUGUUAGCUUAUGACAGGAGAGUAUGCAGAAUUGUAUCCAUCUAUUGAAUCUGGUCAAUUUAGUUCAUAUGAAGGUCACUGACUAUAGGCCAGUGACAUUGCUUAAUGAUGACCAUAAAAUAAUUCUAACUUAAUGUAAUGUAUGAGACUUUCAUUGUUGUAUAAUGGAGGACCAUGGAUGAAUAAUCUUACAAGGAACCUGUUUUAAAUCCCUCAGCAACAAAGAAACUGAAGUAUCUGCUUGAGCCACCUGUUUAUGCUGAAGUAACCAGCCCUCGGGGAGGAAGUGCCACUUUGCCAUGUAUACUGCGAUUCAAACCAAGCCAUUACAAGGUGAAGUGGACAAAACUGGAACCACUUCGUUGUGGAAGCGAGAACAUUGUCAUGAUCACAAACGGUUAUGCCCACAAACCCUAUGGCCUGCUUGGGCCACGGGCCUCGCUUCGUAAUGCUCAUGCCAUGGAUGCCUCACUACAACUCAGUAACCUGGAACUAGAAGACGAUGGUAGAUAUCGCUGUGAGCUGAUCAACAGUAUUGAUGAUGAGAGCGUCAUCAUUACAUUGAGGAUAGAAGGUAAAUUAUGGUGAUUCUUGUAACCUUUAUAAACAUUUCAAAUGUUGUAAAGAAACCAUAUUGCUUGCUAUUCAGCCUAAAAUAUAUUUGGAGAAUAAAAAGGCAAAUCAGACAAGGUUUUUGAUAUGUUGUGUGACUUAAAUUUACUUUUAGGGAUGGUGUUUCCAUAUCAGAGCAAAAAUGGCCGCUACAAAUUCACCUACCAGGAAGCUAAGGAGGCCUGUGCUGAACAGGAUGGCACAUUGGCCACAUUCAAGCAACUAUACAGAGGUAUUCAAUAUUCAAUCAGCAAAACAUUGACAGUUUACUCUGUACCUUUACUGAUACCAUAGAGGUUUAUGUAAGGCUAACUUUCACUAAGCAAACAGUAACACAUUGUCAUUGUGUAGCAUGGACAGAGGGUCUGGAUUGGUGCAACGCGGGAUGGCUCAUCGAUGGGACAGUCCACUACCCCAUCCUGCACACCACGACCAGAAUGUGGGGGGGAGCUGCUGCCUGGCAUUCGCAGCUAUGGCCCCCGGGACAGGAUCCGGGACCACUUUGAUGCCUUCUGUUUCACCUCUAGAACCACAGGUCAGCUAAAUGGGUUUUGGUGCUUUGUGAAGCUGUCAAAUAGCAAUGUCAGUAUAGUCUUCAUGUGUCAAAUUAGUUCCAUCCUUUUUAAUUCGGAAUGCUGCUUAUCGGAAAUGAAUAAAAGGAGUUCAAUUGGAUUUGGGCGAUGUGGUACAUUUAAAAAUAGUCUGGAACCAACAUAUAAUCUAACAUUAAUAAGGAUGCAAUUACAUUAUAGUAUUGAAAAAAGACCCCUGUGCCCCUGUGUUCAGAACAGUCUUAUGUUAUUCUGACUGUAAACUUUCCAUAGCAACAGGGUGACCUUUGGCGAUACAUAGGAAGUGGGCUCGUUAAUGGUCCUGAGAGGAUGGGGAUGGACAAUAAAGGCUGUUGUUCAGACCCACUUGUAAACAAGUCCAUCUGUGGGAAACUAGUUUCCCUUUAGUGGCAUUAGAACAUCCACUGUAAUCGGAAAAUAAAAACCUCAGUGGAAAUGUUAAAUUACAAAGAUAGUGGGUGGUUUUACCAUAUAGCACCGUUCCCCAAGAAGUUUAAAUGUUUUAUUGUUGGACAUGAAAGACCACCAAAGAACACCAAUAAAUCAGCUCCAAGUGAUUUUAAUUUAGGAAAUCUGUUCGAAAGUAUUCCCACACAUAAUAGAGAGAUAUACAGGCAUCUGAUCGUAUACAAUUGAAAGCAAGGUUUGAAAUUAUUAUGUUUUAGUCAAAUGUUACAUCUGUUUGGGCUUCUUGCUGUCAAUUUGCAGUCUACAAACUAUUUGUAAUUAUUAUAAUUAUACAAAAAUCUGCGGCUGAAUCUAGUUGAUGAUCCAUGCCAUAUACUGUGGCCAUACAACACCAUACUUAACUUAAAUAACAGUAAUGAAAUUGUUAUGAGUGCAUGUCAACACUUCAGAUCCAGAAUGACUGAUACAACAAAUUACUUCUAAUGCUGUAGCACAGGGAUUGUUAACUAGAUUCAGCAGCGGGAUGAUUUUUUCUUGAGCGGAUGGGCAGGGGCAUAAUUACAAAUAAUUUGUAGACUGCAAAUUGACCGCAAGAAGCACAAACAGAUAGACCAUUUGACUAAAACAUAAUAAUUUCAAACCUUGCUUACGUUUGUAUAUGAUCACAUAUAUCUCUCUAUUAUGUUGGAAUACUUGCUUUAGCAGGUUAAAGAACUUGUAUUCCCCUUCCUCUCUUCCAGGCUUUGUGUUCUUCGUUGGAGGGCCACUCACAUUUGUGGAGGCAGUGCAGGCGUGUAGGGGUGAGGGAGCAGAGUUAGCUCUGGUUGGCCAGCUCUAUUCGGCCUGGCGUUUCCUGAGCUAUGACCGCUGUGAUGGAGGUUGGUUGAAGGACGGCAGUGUGCGCUUCCCUAUCACCACCCCUAGAGAGCGCUGUGGCGGGAUUCCCGGGGCUGGUGUGCGCACCUUUGGGUACCCCAACAAGACCCUGCGUCUCUAUGGUGCCUUCUGCUAC